GGAACGGGGCCCAGAUUCUUAUGCUAUUAAGUGGUAGUUUGUCAUGUGAAGUUUAAUAUCCUGUUUUUCAGGUAUAUAUUUUGGAGAAGCCACUGUUGUGCAACCAGUUCAAGGUUUGAAUGUAUCGAAUCUGCAGAGCACUUCCAGUCCGUCUGUGGAGAGUACGUCGGCAGACCCUGGGGAAUCUAGUGUGUUAUCUCAGUCAGUGUUAGAAGUGUCCUCCUUAAUAGAGGACACUGUUGUUAUCUCAUCGGAGUCCAUGCUCGUUACAGUGGAAAGUUCUCUUGCGGUAACAGAAUCUGUGUUUGUGACAGACGGAACUUCAAUUCUACCAACUGAAUCUGUGUUUCUAACAGACCAACCUUCGCCUUUACCAACUGAAUCUGUUCUUGGGACAGAAGAGCAUUCAAUUCUACCAACAGAAUCCGUGUUUGUGACAGAAGACUCUUCACCUGUACCAACUGAAUCUGUGUUUCUUACAGACGAACCAUCACCAGCAUCUCAAUCUCCCGUGUUUUCAACAGAAUCGUCUUCAUUUACAGAAGGCAUUGCCAGUAUUCCAAGUAUAAUCUCUACCUCGUCCGUAUUUCAAGAAUCGUCACAUAUUGGAACUGCCGCUGUGCCUCUGUCAACAGCACAUAUGUCACAUCCGACGUCCACUGGCAAGGAACUCCCCCUGGAAACAUCAAGUCCUAUUGUAACAUAUAGCACUUAUCUCGGAACAGACGUGUUGGGUGAUUUAUCUCCAACAGUCACUGAUCAUUCUGUGUUCUCCUUCCCACUUGAGUCUACACAAGACACAGCAGCGGCCAAUUCUUACCUUGAGAACACUUUAUAUGACAGUGCCACAUCGGGAUAUAUUUUACAACCUUCUGAAACCGCAACGUCGUCACCUUCAACGUCUCCUACAGCUUCUCAGCAGGGAACAAUGGCAACGACAGGUGUGAAACUAUGUCCGUGCCAGUGUAAGCUGGUCAUGAAUGACAAAGAGACAAGCAGGAUUAUCCAAGAAAUCAAAGAGGAACUCCAUUUGGAGUCGGAACAACUUUCAAAACAGAUUAGAAAAAGGACGAGUGCCCCAGAUGAACGUCCCAGUUCUCAAGGCAUCGGUUACGUGGCCAUAACGUUCCUGUCUUUCGUGGGCAUCUUACUGCUCCUCGCUGAUUCGGCUACCUUAUCUUUACACAUACACAUGCUGAUAGCUAAUUUGUGCAAGAAAUGAAAACGCAAACUUUAUUUGAAAAAGAAAGAAAAGUUCGACAAAACUAAAUAGAAGUGAAAAUACUAAAACAACAAAAGCUUGGGAUGGUCUUUAUAACCUAUUUAAAUAUCUUGAUAUCCGUAUUUGUUGUGUAUAUACAAUGUAUAACCAAUAUAUGACCAGUCUGUUGUUGUUCACUAACUGUCGACAAUACACCAUUCUGAAAAUAUUUGCUCAACAUGGUAGAUAUACAACCCGUCAAUCGAGGGACAGAUGCUCUCAGUGUAUACCCCAUGUCUCCUUAAGUGCAAAUUAGUGUCUCUGGAAGCUCUCUUACAAUCUCUCUAAUUAUUCAAAUGACACGGGUCCUCACUAUUGUCAUUCGUAAAAAUAUAUCAGCCAGAAAAUGAGGAUCAAUUCUAAGAAAUGCUGUAACACCCGGUGUUUUCAAAUACUCAGCCCAUAGUGCACGCAUUACAUUAUUCACUACUAUAUAUUAUAACUACAUUAUCAUGGUUUCUCUUAACUAUCAUGGAACAUAUUCAUAAAUGGACAAAAUCAUGUCCGUGUUCAUAAGAAAUUCCUGCUAAAACCAUAGUCGAUUGGUACAGUCACGUACAGUCACGUACAGUCACUGCAGUAAUAACGUGCUCAUUUGUUUCAAAUAUGCGGACUCGGAGAUUUUAAGGGUGGUGGUGGCGGUGUGUGUGUGUGUGUGUGUGUGUGUG